AUGGCGUCGUUGUCUAGCACAUCGCCCCUCAUAACCCUGGGCACGACUAUCUCGACUCCCAGUUCGCACCACACGGCUCGAACAGAUGGGGACAGCGUCGGCGACACGUCUGCUCUUACGAGUGUGGAUGACUUUGACGACGACUAUGACCAGCUGUUACCUCCGCCCUAUCGAGAUGCAGCCCAGCUACCGUUUAUGAUUAAGAACCAGUUACAGAUCCACCUGGAGGAGAAGAUGUGUAUGUCUUUUGCUCCUUUGUUUUACCCUGAGACCCUGAACAUGCUCCACGCCCUCCUCUCCAACUGCGCCAGCUUCUCCCCACCCUCGAAAGAGCAAGGCUCCCAACCACCACAGACAGUCUACGUUCCCCCACCACACCAACUCGCCUUCAUCAGCAGUCUCGCAAUCCACCCCCGGUUCACCUCGGCCCCACCAGACGUCGAAACGACCACCCCGCCGGUGCGCGACGGCGCCGCUGCCCUCUCCUACCUCCGAGGUCUGCUGUCUAUCGUCGGCCCAAUAAACGCCAACUUUCGACAAGCAUUCGAGUUCAAACCACCUCCAUCAUCCUCCCAUGCCAGGAGAUCAAGAAGGGGAGAUGUUUUUGGUGACUGGUCAACCAGUGGCAUGAGCGGAGCAGAUAGUGAUGCUUCCUCUUCUGAUGUCAUGACUGGUACCUUUGCCAGAGAAGGAGUCAUCUGGCACCGCGCGAGUGAUUUCUGGUCGGUGCUAGGGUGGUCAUUUUGGUGCGCUGCGUUUGUGCCAGGGAGGUGGAAGUAUUGGAAGCCGUGGUUGGAGUUUGUGGUUACGGUACUGGAGCAGGAUUGGGAUGAUCGGUUGGCGAUGGAUGAGAAGACGACGACGGCGGGUGAUGAGCCGUAUCCCAAUUUGAAGGGGAGUUUGUUGGUGGCUUAUCUGGAGGAUAUCACCAAGGCGAGGAAAACCGUGCAGAAGGAGGUGAUGAAGGCUUUGACUUUUGCCUUGGAGGCUGGGGAUAGGAAGGUGUAUGGGGAGGUUUUCACGAAUGAAGAGUUGGUUGGGCCGAGGACUAUUAAGAGGAAGAGGGCGGAUACAACGCUGGAUCUGGAGAAUGGCUGCUUUGGGGACUAUGAUGACGAUGACUCGGACUUGGAGAAUGAGGGGGACAGUCAGGAGCUGCCUUGCAGUUCUGCCAGGUCUGCGCCGGGGGUACAGAAAAGGACGAAGAAGGCGAUGGAAAGCGAUGCGGGCCCGAGGCCGGCUGCGUUUCGUUUGCCCGAUGGAGUCGCCGAGACCAUCCCAUUCCGACUACGAAUAUUCCGUCUUUUAUCGGCAGCGGCCCAUUAUCUCCGCGACGUAUCCUUUCCUACUUCUGAGCUUUACCAGAGCUUCUCGUACAAGGUCAGGACUUCACCGCUGCCUGUUUUUGAGCUCUUUCUCAAAGCACACAACGACCUGCCCGAUUUUGACAAAGAAUCGCUCUACAGGAAUGUUCUGGACGGUUUACUGCCGCCGAACGGCCUGCCAGAUCCCGACCGUGUGGACCGCGACACGAAUAGUGGGGAUGGCAUCUCUGAGGUUAUGAUGCAGAAGUGCUUGCCGUUCCCGGCUGGGAGGAUCACUGCCGAGGAUAAUGCCAAGUUGUCGAUUGUGUUGGAGAACAUGCUGUGGGGCUUGUAUCUGGCGAGGGACAUCACGGACGCGGCCGGUCUCGGGAAGGCGAUUGAGACGGGGAUCAAGGCGAGGGACGCCAAGAUUAAGGGGAGGGGGAGGGCGGGUGGAGUUGAUAGGUUGGGAAGGGAGAUGCUCGCGAGGUCGAGUAAUAAUCUGAGGGUGUUUGCGAGGAUUCUCGGUUGA